AUGGCCGCCGCGCAACGACACCAGCACAACCACCGAAGCGGCGGCAUUCCACCACCACCACUGCCGCCGACGCCACGCUGGCGGCCCUUGCCGGCGUUCCCGGACCUCCCGCAGCUCUAUGUCUCGCCCGUCUUUGGCAGCCCUGGCCAGCCCACCUCCGCCGCCACCUCCACUUCCUACUCGUCCGCGCCGCCGUCAUCAGCAGCUGCCGCCUCGUAUGCAGUCCACGUGACCGACCUGGCGAGCGUGUGGACAGAGGCCCUCGACAAAAAGGGCAUCCUGAAGCGCAGCCUGACCGAGGACACGAGCAUCGACCUGAUCGACGCGGGGCCGGACCAGUGGGGUGUGUUCCUGUCCAAGCUCGCGGCCGCGUUUGACCCGGACAGCCCGGACCAUGGGUCGACAGGGCUGACUCUGGAAUCUUCUUCUUCCUCAUCCUCCUCCUCCUCGGCCGAUCCCGGCGGUCAAGGUCAGGGUGGUGGUGACCUGGUUCUCCGCAUCACAUGUGCCCUCCCCGAGCCGCUUGAGCCGCUGAAAUGGCCGGUCUUGCUGAGGAAGUGCACGCCCGCGGCGGCCGCGGAGCGGCUGGUCGUGCCGCUGCUGCAGAGCCAGCGCGAGCUGUGCAGGGAUGUGGACGACCUGGUCGCCCGGCUCGGGGAGAAGGACGCAGUCAUCACGAGGCUCGUGGACAAGCUCGAGGCCAUGGGCGCCGGGCUCGAGAAUGUGUUCCACACGCUCCCGGCCAAGAGGAAGACCAGUCGGGCCGCGGCGGAGGACAAGGUCAAGGGUCUGAAAGUCUUUAGGGAGACGGAGUGGAGGGAAACGGGGAGGGAAACGGACACGGAGAGAGGUGACGGUGACGGUGCUGACAAUGGCAGCGGCGAGGAUGUUGUUGUUGCUCUCGUGAGGGAUGCGUUUCAUCGUAUCGAGGGCGGGAGUGGACGGCUCGGUCACGGCCUUGGACUGCCGGAUGAUCUGAACGACUGGUGGACCAGACUGGGGCCCCAACCAGUCAAUGCUGUGAAGCCGGAAGCAAACAAGACUUCUGAUGCCGGGCAAGACCGUGAAGACAAAGAUGCCCACUCAAAAACGACCGGCCUAAAUGAGUCCUUCGCGACUGCAGAUGACGAUGACGACUUCCAGGUCCAGAACACGCCUCCCCACCUGCAGCCCGCACAGAAGAAGCGCGGCCGCGGCCGGACGGCCACAAAUGCCAUCAGCGAAGACGAGAACGAUGACAUCUCGAUACCAGACAGCCAUCCUGCGCCGGCGGCAGCCAAGUCAGCCAAGACAUCACACGAUCGCGCCGCCCAUUCGGCCGGGCGAUCAUCCCGAACCAUACCCAUCCGUGACGAUGACACGGCUUCAGAGUCUGAUGUUCCCGCAUCCAAGCCAUCAACUGCCCCCCCAACCCGAAAGCCAAAGCUUGGGACCAUUGGCGCGAGGAAAGGCAAGGCUGCUCAGCCGGCUAAGGAGAAAUCGCCGUCGCCAUCAUCAUCACAGCCGAGUGAGGAUGAUAGAAAGCCCCAACCGCCAAGAGGAGGUCCAGGAGCAGCAAAGAAUGGUAACGACGGUCACAACGACGACGAUACUGCGUCCGGAUCGGAUUCUGACGUGGCCAUGCACGAGCCAAAGUCAAAAGCACAAUCGCCAUCAUCGCCGAAACCUCAACAAGUAAAGAAGGGAGCACUAGGCAGGAUCGGCGCCAAGGGUAAAGCUCCAGCUCCUCGAUCUCGGUCUGCAUCACCGGCACAACAGGAUGGUCAAGGCAAGUCCCCAGACGAUGACCCCCCAGCUGCCUCGACGAGGUCCCACGACGAUCCGGCCACCACAGUCACCAUGGGCGACGAUUCAGACGGAACAGCAUCUUCACGCGAGAGCAGUCCCGUGUCUACAAAGACACACAAACCCAAGGACGCGCCGGAGGCCAAACCACCACCGCCGCCGCCACGGCGUACGCUCGGAACCAUUGGCAAGAUCGGCGGGAAGAAGCAAGCAUCCACCACCACCACUUCUGCUGCUGCUGGUGGAGCAACGAGCACAAACUCGGUAUCGACGGAGCAGCACGACGAUUUGAACAAGAAAAGGACUCGUCAAGACUCGACACCAGCGGGCACACCCGCCACCACGACCUCGGGAAGAGGAGGAGGAGGAGGAGCAGGGAAAGCUGCCCAGCCGCCAAGGGAAGACGAGGACGACGAGCAGCGUGCCGAGAGGAAGAGGGCCGAGCUGGCCAAGGAGCUGGAGCGGAAAGCCGCGGCGCCGGUCAAGAAGAAGAGGCGGUUCUGA